GAGGUCUGCUAAUUAGACAAGAAACAAGCCCAAGUAAUUAUGUCAAUUCUCGUUAUAAGUAAAACCACAUACAGGACUAUCAUUCAAUCCAGUUUAAAAGUUUAGGGGAGGGGCCUCUCUCUCCCCCACUUUUCCCAGUGAAACAUCUGCACAUGCUACAGGGGAAUGUGGCACGCUCGGCGAACUUCAGAGCACAAACCGAUGCACUCAUACAGAAAUGGAGACUAUAGAACGGCACUGGCAUGAAGUUAUUGCCCUAAUUAAUGCUUUGUGAAGCCAGAGCAAACAGUUGAAUCGUCAGCGGCACAUUGUUCAACUGUGGGAGCUGCUUUUGUUUCUGCACCUUAAUAGGAUGUUUUGAUCAACGGCUGUUUGGUGACCCAGCUCUCUCCUGAAAGGCCAAGCUCUGGGAAAUGGCAAUUAGCUAGAUUAGAGGAGCCAUUUGUAGAGCACACACAAAGACAGAUACGGCAGAGUGAGAGUGUGGGGCAGCUUAUGAUCAUCUCAAAUCAGUUACCAAGUGCCACCAGUCAACAGUAACACGUCUUCUGUGGAGCAUGCUAAAUAUGUAACAUUUUGUGUUUUGGCCCUAUUGUUUUUUGUUUUUUGUUGUUGUUUUUUUCCCCACAAAGAAGGAUGCAGCCACUACUCCCCUAUUUUAAAUGGAGUGUUUUAGUACAGAUAUUAGAAUCUUGCUACAAGCUUUGAACAAGUUGCUCAUUCUCAAAUCAAUACAUGUAGGUUUUACCCAAGGCCAUGCCAAUAGUUAUAGCCUGGUUAUUUUAUUUUUAUGUGGAAACAUAAAAUACAUAUCUUCUUUCUUUCUUAUUCAUAUUAUGUCAUUAUUACAUUAUAUAGAAAUGUAUGUGUGUAUGUAUGUAUGUAUUAUUUUAUUAUUAAGAUGGAAAGCAAUGUCUUCCCAGUCCACAUUUGUUCCGUGUGGAUGCAGGCGGCUCGUUGUGCGUUUUGCGGCAAACAACAAAGGCCCAAUUGAGUGACGUGGCACGCUUUACCCCUCGAUCUUACGCGAGAUACGGCUUUAAACCUGCUGUGACCCACUCCACUCGUACCCUAUCUACAUCUACCCCUCCCUACGCGUGCGCGCCCGGCCCAUUGAGGAGGCCCUAUCUAAGCGUCCGCUCAUCUCCAUAAACUCUUCCUUUCCCCUCGGCGUCAUUGUGCGUCCACAUGUCCAAGCCUAAAGUGUGCCCCAAAUUAUCCCCGAAUGAUUUUAACACAACAAUAAUGGAUUAAUGGCUGAUUAGAGGGCGUAUGGAUCGAAGUAAGCAGCCGUGUUGUUAAAGUUAAGUGAGUUUAAAUUAGCGCUAAACCAGACUAGAGUUGAUUUCCCUUGGCGUCUGUGCGUCCGGUCAAUUUUUUUUUUUUUUUUACCAAGAAUGUAAUCACGAUACAUCAGCUAUAUAUCCAGGGUUAUUAUGAAGUAAACAGGGUUGAAAUUAAAUCAACAACUCGCCAUGGUUUCUUCAGCUAUAUAGUGGCCCUAUAAGUUGCCAAAACAAAUCUGUAGGAGAUAAUGUCCCGUCUCAUGUCGUUUGUCCCAGUGUUAGCGACUUGUCUGGCGCUUAAUUGCCCCUAAUGUGCCCUAAAUACAGAAAAGUAGGACAUUGUACUCAACACAUAUUGUGAAUAAUCAUAAAGAAGCUUAAUAACUAUUAACAGAUGCAGCGGGGGUCCGGAGACAAAACACGCAGCCUAAUUAGAAUAUGGUAAUCACCCUGAGUGUGGGAGGCUGGGCCCUGCACCAGGUCCAACGAUCGAUCAAACGAGCAACAGAGCGCGCCAUAACCAACUACAAGUGAUAUAUUGAUUAAAGUUAUAGAAGCAUACAUGUCUACAUAACCACCAAGUGACAAUGGGCUAUUAAGAUGUCUGUAGCGUGUUACCCUAUGUGCCUGAAACACUGAAUAGGCUACAGAUUAUUGUUGAGAACAAUACACGAAAUUUAAUCAAAUAAAUGCAAGGUUUGCCUCAAUUUUCUGUGGUCAGAUCAGGAGCCUUGUUUUGUGUUUCUGUUUUUGUUGAUAUGUAAAACAGCUUUGGUUUGAAUUUAGUAGAGAUUAUUCCAGACAGAUGUUAUGGCUCAGAGUCGGGCACUAAGAUCUACAAACAGAGCAAACUUAAAGAUAAUGGACCACCUCAUUUAUCGACAGUAGGCUACUUUUCAACUGAAAUGAUUGGUUAUUCCCUUAUGGUUUGGACGAACACGGGAUGAUGUGAUGAUGAUAAUCGCUGCUGAAGUUGGCGCGCCUCGGGCUGUGAUUGGCUGCAGCCUGACGCCUGUUGAAUAAAAGCCAGAGGCAAGCGCCGCACUGACACCAGCACUGUCCAGACAGGACCUGUCCGAUCUAAACUCUGAACCACUCUCACUGUGCACUGUCCCGGGAUGACGGGCAAAGACGGAGCGGUGUUGUCGGACGCUGAAAACAAGGAGAGGAGCACAAGUCACUGUGGGAUGGCGCACGCGGGGCAGCAGCCCGCUGCGUGGAAACUGGGCCCAGCUGUGCCGAGGCGCACGGGCUUUGGGAUUCAGGAGCUGCUUGGUCUCAACAAGGAGACGCCCGCCACACCGAGGCGACCCCUCGAGACGCUUCCGCACCGAGCACACGCGCUGGUAGCGCGAGGGCCGCUGGGCCCCGGGCCGCUGCUGCUGGGGCCCGACGGAAUCCACUCUUUUUAUCGCCAACCCGCCUUCCUAGAGGCGCUGUCUGAGGCACAGCACGCGCACCUGCCACCGCUGCACAGAGACGCGCACGUGGAUCCGCACUUGGACCCGCGCUCCUCCAGCUCAGAUUCGGAUGACAUGAGCAUCUCCGGAGAUAAGAAAUUUAAGUCAUCAAUGAGUCAAAACAAGAAACGGAAGAAAAGACGACACAGGACCAUCUUCACGUCAUACCAGCUGGAGGAACUGGAGAAAGCAUUUAAUGAAGCUCACUAUCCAGACGUUUAUGCUCGGGAGAUGCUCUCAAUGAAGACAGAGCUGCCAGAGGACCGUAUCCAGGUGUGGUUCCAGAAUCGCAGAGCCAAAUGGAGAAAGAGGGAGAAGUGUUGGGGGCGCAGCAGCGUUAUGGCAGAGUACGGUCUUUAUGGGGCUAUGGUCAGACACUCAAUCCCACUGCCAGAGUCCAUCCUGAAAUCAGCCAAAGACGGCAUCACAGAAUCAUAUGCACCAUGGUUACUAGGUAUGCACAAGAAGUCUGUUGAGACUACUCACUCCUCUCCAAGCAAAACCUGCAGCACAAUACUUCCCCCUGUACAGGACAAGGUGGAGGACAAAGCAACAGAGGAGGACAAGGAAAAGUGGACAAAGGACACUGUCUUGGACUUUUCCAAAGAAGAGAUGAGAGAGAACAGUAUUGCAGUUCUGAGGGCCAAGGCACUUGAACAUAAUGCCAAGAUACUUUCGAAAGUCCCAGAUAAAAAGCAUAAAGAUGAGGAGGAGGAGGAGGAGGCGAUGAAGGAGGAGACAGAGGCGAAAAAGACAAAUUAAAGACAUUUAAUGUUGCCAAAUAAAGGGACAUAUUUGGCAAAAUGGCCCAGCUGACACACUCCUGGAAAAGGCCUAAACUCUACAGUAUGUUACUUAAUUGCUAAUGAAGAACAAUUUCCCACCACACCUUUGUUCCAGAGGUGCUACAGGCCAUUUGAACUAUGACCUUUGAACCCUGAUUAUGUAUGAUACCUGCAGACCUCAUCAACACUGACACUACUGCUGCCAUUUGUUGCACAUGAUGUAAAUAAAGCUAGUACCAUGUUAUCACUGUGUAGCUUAUCAAAUAUGUGUU